CGAUCCCGGACCAUCUCCGCGCCCCCUCACAACCUUGGAGACAGGACAUGCGAUGACGCACUCGCCGUAUCGAUAACCCCGCACUCCGCACGCAGUAACAGUGACGACCACCACGCUCAUCCAGAACCACAAAAGGCGUCAAGUCGUAGUCUGUAGUCCGUAGUCUGCCUCCCCACAGCCCUCACCCUCAACUCACUCCCUCACCCUCAACUCACUCCCUCAUCCUCAACCCACUUCCUCACCCACCAAUCCCCCAAUCCCAAUCCGCACAAUGCCCCAUGCAACAGCAACCAUCAACGGCAUCGAAGUCGCGCGCUCAGACACCUGGGAGGUGGUUGACGGAAACAUAUAUUUCCCGCCCGAGUCGAUUGAGAAGUCGCACUUCUCGCCCACCGACACGUCGACGCACUGUCCUUACAAGGGCGAUGCGAGCUACUACACUGUGACGACAGGGAAGACAGAGGUCCGGGAUGUGGCAUGGUACUACCCCGAGCCGAAGGCAGGCAUGGAGCGGAUUAAGGGGUUUGUCGCAUUCUACAAGACCAAGGGCGGUGUCACGGUGGGCGUGGAGUAGGAGUAGGUAGUGCGAUGCUUUAGCUGUGCCAGGUGCCUGCACUGCUGUGUGACUACAGACUGUAUGCCGUCUACUUUGUAAUUCCACUGGAGUAAAGAACCACUAAGGUGGUAGAAGUUAGCGGUGGCGCGGAUGGCUAUUAGUCCGAGCCAAUAGCAGAUGGCAAAUCCACACCUUAUCCACGGC